AUGGUUCUGUAUCUGAAGAAACUGCUCAUCAUCUUCUUGGUCCGAAGAUUGUGCUCGGGUCAAUCAACGUCAGACUCUUGCAGUACUUGUAGUGCAGCACCAACAUGCACAGGCUACAAUGUGAACGCAGAUGUGGUUACCUCGCGCGGCACUUCUUGGAGUUAUUUUAACCCCUAUGAACCUGGAGUUGCCACUUCUUUUACUGACUAUAACCCCGCAUAUGCACAAGCAUUCUUGCAAGCUUCUCUCAUUUUUACAGCAUACUCUGUCACCUCGACCUCCUCAGUGACAGGGAACUGCCUUACAUAUACUAGCUCACCGGUCCCAUUGGUCGAUGCACAAAUUUUCCCCGUUCCCUUGACUGUUGAAACUGAGAACUACAGCAGCUUCGUGAAUGACGCAUACUCCUCUUUCUAUGCCACAUUAGGUUACAAGGGAUGUAUUGCUGCCUUGACGCCAGGUCAAUCAUUACCAACAUACCAAGGAAUGUUCAUAGCAUCAACCUCAGCGACGACACUCAUCUCGGCAACUGCGGCAGAGACCUCAGCAACUACAUUACCGUCGGUGACGUCGGCGAAGACCGCAGUACUCUCGCAACAUGUCCACUCUACGCAAAUCAUCAUCCUUUCUGUCGUAGUGCCAAGUGCUGGACUGAUGAUACUCCUCCUUUGCUUCAUCAUCAUCCGUCGAUACCGGAAGAAGCGAAGCCUGGCAGCGUCCACGAACCAUCCAGCAAUGACAUCGAAUAUGCAACUUUACCUGGACCAGAAAGCGGAACUAGAAGAUGAAGAACGAAGAAAACACGAACUAGAUGCAGGAGGAGAUACGUAUGAGAUGGAAGGAAAAGACUGCAUAUUCGAGAUGCCAGGCGCCGCAAACACAGAAACGAGGUCAGCAUCGUGUGACGAGGUACACGAGUUGAGAGGCGCGGAACAUUCGAGAGAACUCGAAGUCCUCGGUAAAGUUGAGGCCGCAAGUGGGAGCCCGAGGUGA